UAAAAUCUAGGCAUUGGAGCUCCUGCAUCGGUGCUUUGAUAACGUAUAUUUCACAAUUAUUGUGUCUGUUUGUUUUUAAUUAGUAUUAAAAGUUCUGACUCGUGAAAAUGUUGUUAUACUGUGAUCCUGAGAACGGCUCGGAAACCCCACCAUAUAAUUACCACAAAACAAUGAGCGACGAAAGUAAGCAGGAGGUCAGCAUGCAACCAGAUUCUAGCAGCGAGUCGACAUCUGAAGACGAAUCGGCUCCAACAGCUGACGCUUUACCCCAAUAUUAUUAUGAUAAAGCCAUUGCGGAGUCACUAGCGGAGAACAUGUAUAAUCUAGCCGUGGAGUCGGACCAAGAUGAUGACUACGAUGAUUUGGAUCCAUCGUCCUCUUCUCGCCCACCACCGCAGCCGUUUGUUUUUAAUAACUACGCAGAAGACGAUUCUGAAGAAUCUGAUAUCGAUAACAAGAUAAGCAAAAUUGCGGGCUUGGAACAUCUGGUUGUGAACAGUCCUCUUUGGUACGCGCAUGUAAAGCCGCACUUGACUAAACUGGAACGAUUGCAGUUGUGGAACAACACUCCUUGGAAAGAAAAAUUUUAUUGGGAUGACUCCGAUGACGCUGAUGAUGAUUACGUUGAACCUGCUCCUCCGCUAUUUAAGUACUACAUCGCAUUCAUUUAAAAAAAAUGUAUUUGAGCUAUUUUUUGUUAAUAGAUAUCAUAUAAUUUUGGAUUGUUUAUAAGCCCUUUCAAGUGUAACUAAUUGGAAGUAGGGCAAUGCGAAAUUAGAGUUUUAUAUACAUAUAUGUGUAGAUUAUGUAUUCUACGAAAAAUAAUAUGGAUUAUACGUUUUUUUCAAAUUAAUUUCAAAUCUUCUUAACAUUAUAUCACGAGUAUGGUAUUUAUGUUAUACAAAAAUGCCAAAAAAAAUUCAGUUUUUAUGUAUAUAAAUAUGUAUAAUUAUAUAUUCGUAAAAUCUUUGUGUUUAUAUAAAUGGAAGAAGUCUCAUAUUCACAUAAAGAUCAUCGGCGGCACUACAAUAAUGAAGAGCUAAAUAUUCAUUUUAUUUGAAGUUUAAUAUUAAAAAUUAAACGAUAAAAAUAUUAAGAUGAUUUUGCAAAAUAUUUUUAAAUGAUAAAAAUUAAUUUUAAAAUCAGUAACCCUCGUAGUAUUCAGCUGAUUUCUGAAGUAUGAGGUUUCUUCUAGAGAUAUCUCACAAUAUUAGUUUUUAUCUUGUAACUCUGAUUUGCAAGCAUUUUACUAUGUUCGGGUAAAUCGUAGUCAUGAAAUUGUUUUAUAGAAAUAAGAAAAAGAUAAAAUAUGCUCUCAAGAAUAUAAGGAAUUUAAUUCGGGAGAUCAAAUAUUACAAAUGUUUGCGUAGCGUAUAUAUAUGGAGCAACAUAAGGAAAUUAAUAUAUUAAAUAUAAAAUAUAAAGAUGGUACUGUGUAAAUAAGAAAUAUAUAUAAUCGUAAGGAAUGAACUGCAAUCAUAUAACUACACUAUCUUUUAAUUUUAUAUAAAACAAAUAUCGUUUAGAUACCUUCCGCCUAAAACGUUUUUCUCUUAUCUUUAUUAUAUAAUAUGUGUAUCGCACAAUGGAACGAAUAUAUAUGACUUUCCAAACAUUCCAGUCUGAAGAGCAUAAACUAAGAGGCGGCAUUAGAGAAUUUCUGUCUCGUCUCGAAUAUUUUAUGUGUAGCUUAGAAAUAAAUAUACCGUGUUUAUUUACUUCUCUCGUAGAAUCAUAAAGUUAAUCAAACUAUUAUUAAGUAGUUUUAGAAUAAUGAAAUGUAUCUAUGGACAUC